AUCGGCUCCGAGUAAUUACCCCCCAAUUAAUGAGCGAAAGAGGUUGAAAAAAUUAUUAUUCGAUAAAUUACAUUCGCGAUCUUCUCCACGUCCGCGGGGAUUCCUUCACGAUGCCCUUAUCGAACUGAUGAGAGCUUAACGGGGAAUUAAAAUCAUGCGGGAUUAUGGAAAAAAAAUUCAGUGAUUUUUGCCCAGUAUUUUUACGUUCCUGAGCAUCAGAAUCCAAUCAAAAAAAAAACCCGUUCAUUAAACGUGGUCCAUUAAAUCCUCAAUAUCUUCGGACUAAACGAUGCGAUUUGCACGAGUCAGAGCUCAUUUUCAAGCCUGAAGAAAUACCUUCAAAAUGAAAAAAAGAAUGAUGAAUUUCACUCUGCCGAUCUCGAGAUAUUGACGAUUAAAUACGGCGCGAUUUAUCCUCCUCUGGGAGGGUGAGGUAAAAUUAUCUUUCGGUUAAUCGUCGAUAUUUCCGGAGCCAGUGACGCGGAUUGGACGGGUAUGGGCUCAUUUUGAAGCCAGAAAAAAUAUCUUUAGAGUGAAAAAAAAGUCGUCAAUCUUCACUCCACCGAUCUCGAGUUAUUGAGGAUUGAGUAUGAGGGAAUGUGUCUGAUGCAGAAAAAAUGUUUAGGAGACUUGGCAACAUUGGGAAAUACUCGUGGGAGAGAUAAACGAGUUUCUCCGAUGAUUUCGUAAUUAUCUCCAGUUUUUUCGUGUUGAUUUGUGAAUUAAUUAUCGAUAGAAUGUUUUAAAAAAUUCUGGAAACUGUACUUUCUACUCGAAAUGCCGUCGCGGUAUUUGUGAAAGGUCUUCAUGGGAUAUCAUCCUCGGAGUAUAUGCGUUUGUUGUGGUUAGGUGGUUGAUUAUCAAUAAAAAAUUGAAAGAUGAAGAGGUGGUGGAGGCAGUUCGUCAGGGCGAGGACGAACCCCGUACCCAGGGGUUACGCCGCCGACAUGAGGCAUAAUUUAAGUGCAGUUUAUGCCUUUGCUGCGUACAAUGCAUUGGGACUGUUCUGUGGGAUAUUGCUUUAUCAAUACUAUCCCAUGACUGGGAAAGAGAAAAAACAACCAGGGAGGUACUAUGCCAGGAUUUGGCAGGGAGACGAUAUCUCUGUUUAUAAAAUCCAUGGAUUUACAGUUGUUGACAGUUACGAAAUUAAAGAAAUUCCAAAAUUGCAGCCAAAACCAGACGAACUGUUGGAAGACAUCAGCGACAGUACCCCCGCUGUUACCAGUACUGAAGAGUUACUCCACCAUUGAUAAAAUUUAUUUAUUUGUAAUACUUCAGAGUGUCUCAACGAUUGUAAAUAUACUUUACAAAAAUAUAUCUUCA